CGGAGACCUGAGAGUGAAGGUCGCACAGCGGGGCUUAAGUUUUUCCUUCUAGUGUUAAGUCUGUGCUGCGCGGUCCCCCUUACUCCAUCUUUAGGGUCUCCGAGGUUCUGCGGGCGUAAUAGCCCAGCGCCGCCGUCCGCCCCAAGUAAAUCCAGAAGUCGCCGUUACAGGUCAACCUCUAAAGACUCAACGUUGUCUGAGGAAGAAGCCCUGAAGAGGAGGAAGAGGAAAGAAAAGGAGUCAGAAAUGGCUCUUUCUCAGGAAUGGUUGACCUUCAAGGAUGUGGUCAUUGAAUUCUCUCAGGAGGAGUGGGAAUGCCUGGACCCUGGUCAGAGGGCCCUGUACAGGGACGUGAUGUUGGAGACCUACAGGAACCUGAUCUCUGUGGAUAUCUGUCCAAUACAUGUGGUCAAGCAAUUACAACCCAAAGGGAACAGUGAUCCAGGAGAAGUAUUUCAAAGAGUGAUCUUGGGAAGAUCUAAAAGUCGUGAAAUCAAACAUUUUUACCUCACGGAAAUCCAGAAAAAUAUGUAUGACUUUGAGUGUCAUUGGAGAGAUGAUGAAAGAAAUUACAAAGGAAUACCUAUAACCCAUAAUGGAAAUCUCACUGAUAGAAGAGAUACACAUGGUAGAAGGGAUGCAGGAAUCAAGCCCAUUGGAAAUAGGCUUGGAUUAAACUUUCAGGGUAAACUGCAGGUAUUUCAAACUGACAGGUUAAUUUCUGAAUGUAAUGAAGUUGAGAGGUCCAUCAACAAUAGUUUCUCAUUUUCACCACUUCAAAGAAUUCCUCCUCGUGUCCAAACUAACGUUUCUAAUGUAUAUGGGAAUGAUGUUAUGCAUCCUUUAGUACUGACACAAGAUCAGAAAACACACAGGGAAAGAGAUUUUAAAUGUACUGAGUGUGGGAAAACCUUUAGUCAUGGCUCAAUUGUCAGGAAUAAUCAGAUAAUCUAUUCAGAAGAGAUAUUACAUAAAUGUGAUGUAUGUGUCAAGGGCUUUAGUACAAAGUCACACCUUGCAGUUCAUGAGAGCAUUCAUACGGGAAAGAAACCUUACAAAUGUAGUGAGUGCGGCAAGGUAUUCAGUCAAAAAACAGCCCUUGCAAAUCAUCAGAGAAUUCAUACUGGGGAGAAACCUUUCAAAUGUAACGAGUGUGACAAAACCUUUAAUCGCUACUCAAACCUCAGUAGACAUAAGAUAAUUCAUACAGGAAAGAAAUUAUAUAAAUGUGAAGUAUGUGGCAGGGUCUUUAGUCGAAAAUCAAACCUUGCAGAUCAUCGGAGAGUUCAUACUGGAGAGAAACCUUAUAAAUGUAAUGAGUGUGGCAAGCUGUUUAGUUACAGUUCACACCUUUCAACUCAUCAGAGAAUUCAUACCGGAGAGAAACCUUACAAAUGUAAUGAGUGCAGCAAGGUCUUUAGUGAAAAGGCAACUCUUGCAAAACAUCAGAGGAUUCAUACUGGAGAGAAACCUUACACAUGUAAUGAGUGUAGAAAGGCCUUUAGUCAAAAAGCACAUCUUCAACUUCAUUGGAGAGUUCAUACUGGAGAGAAGCCUUUCAGAUGUGAUGAGUGUGGCAAGGUCUUCAGUCGAAAUUCACACCUUACAAGUCAUCAGAGAGUACAUAUGGUAGAGAGACCUUUCAAAUGUUUUGAGUGUGGAAGAGCGUUCACUGAGGUCUCAACCCUCACUAAACAUCAGAAAAUCCAUACCUGAGAGAAACUGUGUAAGUGUAUUAUAUGUGGGAAGGUCUUUAAAUCUCAAAGUAGAAAAGAAACUAUACAAAUAUCAUGAGUGUGGCAAAGCUUUUAUGUGUGUAAGCCUCACUUAUGAUCAGAUAAUUCAUACUGGAGUGUUACAUUACAAAUGCAAUGAGUGUCUCAAAGUGUUUAGUCAAAGUGCUUACCUUAUGAUCCAUGACAGAAUUCAUGUUGGAAGGAACUGUGAGAAAUGCAAUAAAUGUGGUAAGUUCUUAAGUGUGCUUUCAGGCCUAGCUUGCCAUCAGCUGAUGUGUACAGGUGAGAGCCCUUAAAAAUAUAAUGAAUCUCCACACCUUAGGCUUCCUGAGAGCAUUCAUACUGGAUAGAGCCCAGAUACACGUAUUUAAUGUGGUCAGGCCGUUGAUAAUGCAUUCUGGAAAGAAUCCCCAGUGCCAUGAAUGUGAGAAAUCUGUUCUCACGGCUCACAUCACACCAAUAAUCAGGUAGUCUGCACCGGACAGCAUGUUACAAAUGUACUGAAUUUUGCCAAGCGUGUAGGUUGUGCCUUAAACUCAGGGGUCAUCAGAUACUUCAUUCUUCAAAAUGCAAUGAAUGUGUCAAAAUUUAAUAUAUUGCUUACUCGUACUUAAAUACCAGAAUAUUUAUCGUGGAGAGAAACCGCACAAAUGUAAUGUGUGUGGCAAGGAUUUUACCCAAACACCACAGUAUGUUCUACUGGAGCGAUAACUCCCAAAUGGCAAUGAGUGUGGCAAAACCUUUACGUUGAGUUCACGUAUUAGGGAGCAGCAGAGAGUCCGUGUUGAAGAGAAGCCAUGGAAAUGUGAAUCGAGGCUUUAUCCAGGCCUCCCCAUGCACUGGACUUCAGAAUACACAUCUUUAAGAGAAACCACACAAAGCAAUAUGCGUGCGAAGGCUUGUAACUGAGGAACAAAACUGUGGAACACAGGAUUUGUGUUGGAGACCAAGAUUUCAGAUGUUAUGAAUGUUGUAAAUAUGGAUACAUCCAGUAAGUUUGGGGUCAUGAGAGAAUUCAUACAGGUUAUAAAGUGUAUACGUGGAAACUCUUCAUGAAUCAGUGCAUUCUCAGCGUUUAACAAAAAAACUCAUGUUUGGGGGAAUUCUUACAAAUGUAAUGAAUUUGUUGAGUUUUCUCAGCACUUUUUUCAACAGACCACACAUCAGAGAAUGCAUACUCGGAAUAAAGAAGUCUUUAGUUCUCUGAGGUUAACCUGAGAUAUUAUAUACUGCGGAAUCAUUUCAAGUCACAAUGUGUUAAAAUAUGGUGUGUGGGCUUCCCUGGUGGCGCAGUGGUUGAGAGUCCGCCUGCCGAUGCAGGGGACACGGGUUCGUGCCCUGGUCUGGGAAGAUCCCACAUGCCGCGGAGCGGCUGGGCCCGUGAGCCGUGGCCACUGAGCCUGCGCGUCCGGAGCCUGUGCUCUGCAACGGAACAGGCCACAACAGUGAGAGGCCCGUGUACAGCAAAAAAAAAAAGAAAUCAAGGCCCAGUUAUAUAAGUUUUGUAAGACAGAGAGUGGUACAACACAUGACGUAUUAUUGACAGUUUACAUAAUCCAGAUCUAAGCAUCAUUGCAGUGGGUCGUGUGACCCUUACAAGAUCAAGAAGGAAUGCUAUCUUUUAAGGAGUUUUCCUGUUGGUGUUAGGAGAACGUUGCUCUUUAUGGUUGAGUAUGUAUUCUGCUGAUGGGGGAGGUUUGCUUUGAUGCAUAAUGCAAAUACACAGUUCACAGUGGGAGGAGAGAGGAGGCCAAAGGGCCGAGAGGAAUUCAUGUUUAAAUAUUCCUGUCUUGUCGUAAUAGUUGAAUUUUAUUUCACAGGAGUCUGACCUGAACCAGGACUUUACUCCCUCACCUUUUACUAUAAAGAGCCUGAUUUCUAACUCAGGACAUGUGAUUCUUGGCAUUGCUAGUUCCCCGUUUUCUCGGUCUGCUGGCUUUCAGAAUAACAUCACUAUUCCUUGCCCACAAAAGUAGUCUCUCUAUUUUUUGGCCUGUUGUGUAGCGAGCCAUAAGAGCUUGGCCUUGGUGAGAAGAUAAUCUUAUCUCUUCAUUACAGGCCUUUGUUGAUGGUCUCUGGGAAGAAUCAGUAACAUGAGGGGGCCCACUUCAUUAGGUGUGGUUCAUGCACAUCCAUGUUCCCUGGAAAAACAAGGACCCUGAAUUAUCACAUUCAAUACCAUGUGGAUUAGCAACAGGGAGGGGCAGAGAAUAGUGUAAAACUGUGACUUGACUCAUCAUGGUUAUAUUCAGGGUGCCCUUCCAUAGAUAAGCCAGUGGGGGUAUAGUGCAGAAUGCUCUACCAGCUGACCAUGAACAAAGCAGGAAGGACGUGCAGGGACUGGGCUUUUUGUGGGAGGAUAGUGACAGGUUAUUAGGGACUGAUGAUGUGGUAGGAACAAUGCACAAGAAAACUUAAUCACUUUAUCCAUUGCAUGAGCGUAUGUGUUGUCUACAUUUCUGACCAAGAAAGAAAUUGUCUUAAUUUUUGGAUAUUGAAGAGAGCAGUUAUCUUCAGAGUAAAAUUUAAUCAGAAGCACCAGGAGUAUGUGUAUGUUUAUGAUUCACAUUUUAAUUGCUGCCAUUACAUUUUGCUACUGUUUUAUUGAGAAUGUACCAUAGGUCUCCUGUUUUAAGUAAUAAAAUUUAAUCAUCUUUUAAAUCCUGGAUGCAUUAUGUUCCUUUUACCAAUACAGUUUUAUCCUGCCUCAGUACCUUAUAACAGAAGCUAGGGGUGCACCAUUAGGUUCUCAGUGUUGAAAGAAUCUAUAACGAUUUCUUCCCAAUAUGGGAUCAAAUAACAUACAAGUUGGAGGUUAUAAACUCAUAAAUUGUACUUGAGUUAUUCUCUCCACUCUGUUGCAGGAUACUCAGAUGGCUGUAGUGCAAAUAGCAUAGCAAUGAAUUUCAUACUCUGACUUCCAUUGAUGUACAAAAAUUGAAUCAAAUUUAAAGAUCUAAUUGGCUUUAUUGAAUGAUUCAUGCAUUGGGCAGCAUCCCACCUAGUAAAUAGGUGCUCCAACGAGCUGUGCAAAGUGGAAGAACCCAUGAUGUUGAGCAUCUUUUCAUAUGCUUUUUGAAUGUGUAGUUUUUAUGUGGAUAU